AUGGCGGGAGGCAUCCGCGCCGUCGCGCGCAUGUCGCUUCGCGCACCUCGUCAACACGGCGGCAACGUCGUCAUCGCCCACGCUCGGCCGUCCCUGCGCGCCGUCGCGUCGUUUCCCCAGGCGCGCGGCGGUGUCGUGGCGGUCGCGGGAAGCGCCGACGCGCCCGGGACGGCGGUGCGAGCGGCGGCUGCCGUCGGCGCCAUCGCCCGCCGCGACGCGGCGGCAUCCUCCGGGCGCAUCGCUCACCUCGCCGCCGGCAUCGCCCCGCGUUUCAGAUCCCUACGAUGCACCGCACCGGCGCGCACGGCGCUAAACGCGUCGAGCGGCGACGACGAGCGCGUCAACCUAGAUCUCAGCGACGAUCCCUUCGAGCACGUCGCGCUGCCCGUGGACGAAGCGGCGUUCGACGCCGCGGUCGACGACAUCAUCGCCGACGACGACGACGUCGACGCCCCGGCCGGCUCGACGUCGUCCGCCUGGUCCUACUCCGCCCCCGGCGACGACCUCCCUUGGGACGCCGCCGGCGCUUGGCCCGAGUUUGACGCGCUGCUCGGUAAGCUCAUGGCGAAGGGGUACAGGAUCGAGCCCGAGGGCGCGGCGGGGGGCGCGGCGGUGGACGCGAGCGUGUCCACGCCCGAGUGGGCCAGGGCCGUCGCCAAAUCCUACGACCGCGAAUCGCACGGGGAAUCCGACGGGGAGGACGACGAGUUGUCCGAUCCGUUUGCGCACGUCGCGAAACAAAAGGGCGAAUGGGACACGGACGAUUCAUCCGACGACGACCUCGUCGAGCUCUCGUACGCAAACAAGAAGCGCCUGCUGCUCGAGUUCAGCCGCGACAGGGAGGAUCUACUUCGCAGACUCUCCGAACGCGAGCUGUACGUCCUCGCCGAUCACCCGCUGCGCAAGGACCAAGGCAACGCGGGUGGGAGAAAAGUUGUCAACGCCAUGAAGCGGCUGAGGGCGCGACUGGGCAUGGACGCGUCGUAUUUCGCCGGUCAGUGCGCCGCGUUGGGGGGCGGCGACACGAUGGGCGAGUGCACGUUCUCGGACGUCACGCGGCUCGUCCACGUCUUCGCCGACGACGUCGCGCCGCAGUUUAGGCCCGAUCGAGCCGCGAUGCAGUCGCUGCUCAGGCGAAUUUCCGCGCUCGCGGAUACCGAGAAGCUUCCGGAGACGACGGAACCGGCGACCGUUACGGCGACCGUUACGGCGAAGGAACCGAGGUGGAUGGAGCGACGCGAGCGACGGCCGCCCGUGCGCGAGUACGAGGAGGACCGGUACGUCCGACCGGGCGCGGCGGCCGGUAGGGGACGGGGGCGAGGACGCGGAGGUCGGGGCUUCGAAUCCCGCGGCGGCCGAGGCGGUUUCGACAAUCGCGGGGCCCGCGGCUCUUACGCGCAAAGAGACUCGCGCAAAGAGAGGUAUUACGACGACGACGACGGGUACAGGCCCCGGGGGCGCAUGGAGCGAGACGACGGGUACGGCGGGUACGGCGACCGUUACGGCGACCGUUACGGCGCCGGUCGCGACAGAGCCCCGAGGGGCCGAGCGAACAGAUUCCGGGACGCGGGCGACGGUUUCUACGACGGCGGCGACGACGGUUGGGACACCAGGCGGUCGAGGGGCGGACGCGGGGGUCGCGGUUUCGAAUCCCCGCGCGGCCGCGGACCAAGUUCUCGCGGUCGCGGCGACCGACCGGGAAUGGGCGACAGGGACGUCGAUUACGGACGCAGAGCGCGAACCAAGGGCGGCUUUGGCUCGGACCUCGACGGACUCGACCUCGAGAACGACGGCGGCGUGGGCGAUAACUUUGGCGGCGACCGUUUCGGCGACCGUUACGGGGCCCGAGGCGACUCCUUCCGCGGCGAACGCGGCCGCGCGUACGAGAGGUACGGCCCGAGAGAGCAGGAGAGGCGGGGACGCGCGGCGAUGGGCAGGGGCAGAGGUGGGGGCAGGGGCAGAGGUGGGGGCAGGGGCAGAGGCGGUUUCGACAAUCGCGAUCGCGGGUUCGAUUCGCGCGAGGAGCGAGGCGGGUGGGACUCCCGCGGCGACGACCGCGGCGCCAGUGGGAGCGGGGAGCGGGACAGGAACAGGGUUCGCAUGUGGAAGCCCAAGGAUUCGUUCGGCGAGGAGUACUGA